AUGGCGGUUGCGCGGACAGCCGGCCACCGGGGCGUCCUGUCUCUUCCUUGGGGACCAUUGACAUUCAUGGAUGUGGCCAUAGAAUUUUCUCUGGAAGAGUGGCAAUGCCUGGACACUGCACAGCAGAAUUUAUAUAGGGAUGUGAUGUUAGAGAACUACAGAAACCUGAUCUUCCUGGCCAGACCUGAUCACCUGUCUGGAGCAAGGAAAAGAGCCCUGGAAUAUGAAGAGACAUGA